AUGGAUGGAAUAAUGUUUGGAAAGAAGGGCAACAUGAACAUUACCAAUUCAAGACUUUUAAGCCAACACACCAACAAGCUGGCUUUAAGCAGAGUUAGAGAGUGCAAAAGAAAAGAUGGGGAGAGAAGUGAUUGCUUUUCAACUGCAUCAUCAACACACUUUUAG